AGAAGCUUCUAGAACAUUCGAGAAUCGAGGAGAGUAUAUAAAGCCAUCGACGAGUUGACGCGACCCUAUAGUACCACAUCAAACACACCGGCUAGUGUACCGUUGUUGAAUCACCUUGAGAUAUCGCAUUGCUUUAUUUGAAUAAUUCUCGUUGAACAAAAUGCCAGAAGAGAUGGAGACGACUGGCGAGGUGGAGACCUUCGCCUUUCAGGCUGAGAUCGCCCAGUUGAUGUCCCUGAUCAUCAACACAUUCUACUCCAACAAAGAGAUCUUCCUCAGAGAGUUGAUCUCCAACUCAAGUGACGCUCUCGACAAGAUCCGUUAUGAAUCUCUAACUGACCCAACUAAAUUGGACAGUGGCAAGGAACUCUUCAUCAAGAUCGUCCCCAACAAGAACGAUCGCACCCUGACGAUCAUUGACACAGGAAUUGGUAUGACCAAGGCUGAUCUCGUUAACAACCUCGGAACAAUCGCCAAAUCUGGGACGAAAGCCUUCAUGGAGGCCCUCCAGGCAGGUGCAGACAUCUCCAUGAUUGGUCAGUUUGGUGUUGGUUUCUACUCGGCAUACCUCAUUGCUGACAAGGUCACUGUUGUAUCCAAACACAAUGACGAUGAACAGUACCUGUGGGAGUCGUCAGCUGGAGGCUCCUUCACAGUACGUCCAGACCCUGGUGAGCCACUAGGCAGAGGUACCAAGAUUGUUCUUCACAUCAAGGAGGAUCAGGCCGAAUACCUCGAGGAGUCAAAGGUCAAGGAGAUUGUGAAGAAGCACUCACAGUUCAUCGGCUAUCCCAUCAAACUCGUUGUUCAGAAGGAACGUGAGAAGGAACUGAGUGACGACGAGGCUGAGCCCGAGCCUGAGGGUGAGAAGAAGGAAGAGGAGGAAGAUGGUAAACCAAAGAUUGAGGAUGUGGGAGAGGACGAAGACGCCGAGAAUAAGGAGAAAAAGAAGAAGAAGAAGACUAUUAAAGAGAAGUACGAGGAGGACGAGGAGUUGAACAAAACUAAGCCCAUCUGGACAAGAAACCCAGACGAUAUUACCCAGGAGGAAUACGGUGAGUUCUACAAAUCCUUGACGAACGACUGGGAGGAUCACCUGGCUGUGAAGCACUUUUCGGUCGAGGGACAGCUUGAGUUCCGCGCCCUCCUCUUCGCCCCCCGUCGUAUGCCCUUCGAUCUCUUCGAAAACAAGAAACGCAAGAAUAACAUAAAACUCUAUGUUCGCCGAGUCUUCAUCAUGGAUAAUUGUGAGGAGCUCAUUCCCGAAUAUCUGAAUUUCAUGAAGGGAGUAGUUGACUCUGAGGAUCUUCCUCUGAACAUCUCCCGUGAGAUGCUGCAGCAGAACAAAAUUCUCAAAGUAAUCCGUAAAAACCUAGUCAAGAAAUGCCUCGAGCUCUUCGAAGAGCUCACCGAGGACAAGGAGAACUUCAAGAAUUUCUACGAACAGUUCAGCAAAAACAUCAAGCUCGGCAUCCACGAGGACAGCACCAACAGGAGCAAAUUGGCUGAUCUCCUGAGGUAUCACACCUCUGCCUCUGGUGACGAGGUCUGCUCCCUGAAGGAGUACGUAGCACGAAUGAAGGACAACCAGAAACACAUUUACUACAUCACUGGUGAAUCCAAGGAACAAGUGGCCAACUCAUCGUUCGUGGAACGUGUCAAGAAACGUGGCUUCGAAGUUGUCUACAUGACUGAGCCAAUUGAUGAAUAUGUAGUCCAGCAGAUGAAGGAGUUCGAUGGAAAACAGUUGGUGUCCGUCACCAAGGAGGGCCUUGAGCUCCCUGAAGACGAGGCUGAGAAGAAGAAGAUGGAAGAGGACAAAGUUAAGUUCGAGCCGCUCUGCAAGAUCAUGAAGACCAUUCUUGAUAACAAAGUGGAGAAAGUUGUGGUGUCCAAUCGUCUUGUAGACUCUCCAUGCUGUAUUGUAACUGCUCAGUAUGGCUGGACCGCCAAUAUGGAGAGGAUUAUGAAGGCUCAGGCAUUGAGGGACACCUCGACGAUGGGUUACAUGGCUGCCAAGAAACAUCUGGAAAUCAAUCCUGAUCAUCCAGUUAUUGAAUCUCUGAGGCAAAAGGCUGAGGCUGAUAAGAACGACAAGGCUGUGAAGGAUCUGGUUGUUCUACUUUUUGAGACCUCCCUGAUGUCGUCUGGAUUCACUCUAGCUGAGCCCCAGGUUCAUGCCAAACGCAUCUACAGAAUGAUCAAGCUGGGCUUGGGAAUCGAUGAGGAUGAUGCAGUUCAUGAGGAAGCUAAGGUCGAGGAUGUGCAGACAAUUGAGGCUGAGAACGAGGAUGAUGCCUCCAGGAUGGAGGAGGUUGAUUAAAUUUAGGAAAUAUUUCGCGGAGUAUAAGAGACUGGUGACUGAGUUUUAAUCGCGUUUUAUGUGGUUAUCGUGAGGUUAGAGCCAGUGAUCUAUUUGACUUGAUUUAAGAUUAAGUUAUUAAAUCAUUCCCCAUAGCUGGUUCUGUCUUUUUUUAUUCAUUCUUUCGGAAGAUUACACCAAAUACAUUUGUCAGUAGGCGGAUUCAUUGUCAUAAAUUUCACGUAAUAAAGAUGAAUAUUAAUAAUA